GCCGCACCUCCGCAUCGCCGCAUCCAAGUGCACGAGGCAGGACCACCGUAAUGCCGCCCAGGAUACCCGUCCGCUACCCAUGGGCCUCGCCUUCGCCCUCUGCAUCCGCCAAUGGCUGGAGUAGCAGCCUGUGUGUCCGCGCCUUCUCCUCGACACCAUCCGCUCUCGCCCUCGGUCCGCAGUCGCCAAACUACAUAGACGUGCCGAAGCCGCUGCAGCCCACCUACCCAGCCAAGCCAGCAGUAAAGGGCCAUCUCCCCAUCCCCAGAGACGUCUUCAAGACAAGGAAUAAGCACCCAAAGGAGUCGGACAUCUUCCUCGGCCGGAGUACGAAGGAGCCCAAAGAAGUCAAGGUCCCCGGGCCAUACAGCCGGGAUGCCGACUACCGGUUAUACAAGCAAAGGCUAGCGGAGAAGAGGAGGGAGAACCUGAAGGAGGGUGUCAAGGCGCUGCACGAGCGAAAGGUUACAUCAGAAGCGCAGUACUUGGCCAAGAUCCAGGCCAUUGGUGCGAAAAGGCGGGAGCUGGCCACGGCACCCCGGCGCGAAGUCGACAUCCUCACAGAAACGUCUGUCGCCAAGGGCAUUCGCGACUUCCUCACCGACAGCCUGCCCCCACGGCCCGACAUCACCAAAGCCCGCAGCCGAGCAUACAGGCGCCGAGUAGCCCGGGUACAGGAAGUUCGCGCCUCCCGCCUACACGAUCUAUACACCAACGCGCGAAAAUUCAUUGUGGAUGAACAGCAAUUAGACGAGGCGAUAGAGAAGGUCUUCGGGACUGAGGAGCAGCCUGUUGGUUGGGACGCCAGGGGCGUCAUGGGCCCACGAGAAGAUGGCAGGAAUGGUCUCAGCCCAUGGGACGGACCCCUGCCCGAAGGUGUCGGCGACAUGCUCAAUAAGCUCAAGGGUGGCGAGGGUGUUGGUCUUGCUAAAGAGCGCGUCAAGAAGGUGGCCGAAGAGCUUACUGGCGGUAAGAUGUAGGCUCCAUUCAGAGCUAUGUAUCAUGUACUUCAUGUGUAUACCCAUAUUUGGAUGACUCGAUGAUACUUGGCACUUUUCCCACUGCAUGUCCGAAACGCGUUUUCCAGUCGAAAUCUCCCCUACUUAUUCACCAAGUACACAGUCCUUAGGCUCGAUCGCUGACCAGUGGCUGACGAUGACGGAACAUAUUGGGGACGCUCAAUACAGACAGAUCUGUCCAGGCCUAUCCUCGGUAUCCUCCCCUUGACAAACACCCUGCUUCCACCUUUCACUCCGCAUACCCCACCGUUGGAGGACAGUGAGCUAGACUGCUAAG